CGAUCGCAGGGCUGCCUACAUAACGUGGAUGAAGGAGAGAGGGAAGGGGAACGAGCCUGAGUCUGCCCACUCUCUCUUCCUUGUUUCCCGAUUCCUCCAGAUCACGCGCUUCAUCUCACCCACGGCCACAACCUAUUUAAGCCUCAAGACCGCCCACCCCCUUCGUUAGUUUCCUCCCCCUUCUCUCCUUUCUUACCCCGCGAACCACCCCUUUUCUUUUCUCACCACGCGCCCGCCCAUUCGGAAAAGUCUUCGAUUCAUCUCUCUUUCCUCUUUUCUUUCUUCUUCUUUUGCUUCUUUUCGCCUGGUUGGGGGGUUUCGGUUCGACUGGCGGCGAUUCUUCGUUGCUAAGGCGUUGGCGAUCCUUAUCCUUCGGUUUGCCAAUUCUUGUUGAUUGCGGGUCUCCACCCUCUGAAAAUCUUUGCAUCGGGCGUUGUUGACGUUGUUGAUUGCCUUCGAGGCUUUUUCAUGGUGUUUGACGAUGUUGGUGUCCGACGGGCCGAGCAAUUUCAACUUUUGGGGGGAAGCCGCCGCCUUUCUCGGCGGCGAUCAGUUGGAUGAUUCGGACGACUACUCAAUCAGUGUUGAAAGAUUCUAUGACAUAUUAAACGAAAAUCAGUCGCAAAAUUCCUCUAAGGGUAAUGUAGAUGUUUCAUCAAUGAAAAGUGGAUUUCUCAUUCCAGAAUUUCCUGAGAUCCCCUCUGAUUCUAAACAUGGGGAAUCCCAGCAUCCUUGGUCACUUCCAUUUGAAGCUAGUCAACCUGGAUUUAAUCCAUUGUCUUCUGCAAACAACUUGGAGUUCCCAAUUCUUAGAGGUAACAAUGGAGUGGACAACUCCUUGUUGUCUCUGGAAAAUAAUGAUGGAGCUUCUGAUGCACACAUUGAUCCAAUGAAUGAAGGAAUACUGAAUGGAACAUUAGACACUGAUGGGAAACAUGUAGACUCUCUUGUGUCUUUGGAUAGCUUUGGUGGGUUUGCUGAUGCAUACACUGAUCAAAUAUGUGAUGAGGAUAUGCUGAAUAAACCCCAGCAGGUGGAUUUGAAGCCUCUAGUCAACCAUGAUGCUGGAAAUUCCUACUCUGAUUGGUUAUCUCUCUCUCCUUUUGAGCAAGGCAUGUUUGUUAAAAGUACAAUAGAGACACCUGUUCUUCCUGGUCCAACUCAAGGUGUUGAUAAUCGUUGGGCAAAUGAGUUGCUAGGUCAUGUUGGUAGUUCCAAUUUGGAUGUAGAAGACAUAGACUUAUUGUCGGAUUCUGCUUGUGUCGUGGACCUUACUCUUUCAGAUAGUGAUGAUGAGGUUUUGUUGGAAAAUAUGAAAAAUGGGUUGCCAUUCCACAUGGGGGCUGAACAAGUUGCCGGAGGCAUGACUUGCAAUUUGAUUUCUCAAGAUUUUCAGCACAAUAGAUGUAUGGAUGGUUCACCCACUGAACAUCAAUCCAUUUCCAUGAAGAAAGAAUCUGUGUUUUUCAAUAGUGAAAAUGUUUCUUCUAUGAGUAGACAAAAAUCUAGUGCUGAUGUGGUACCUUUUGUUCAAGAAUCAUCAGAAAUCUUUUCUGCUCAUGCCUUUCAGAAUCUUCAACUAUCAAGCACUAAUUUUCCUGGAAGCUUUUCAAAUGAUGCUGAUGUCUAUAUUGUUGAAGAUAUAAGUGUUCGAGGACAUCCACCUCUCAUGACUAUGCAGAACAAGGUCCCUACCUCUUCACAACCUCCUAUUUUUGGUGACUCAUUCCAUCGUGUUGGGCCUGGGGAGGAAAGAGGGAGAACAUAUGAUGAAAGAUUGACUUACAGGCUAGCUUUACAGGAUCUAUCUCAGCCAAGAAAAGAAGUCAGCCCUCCAGAUGGAGUUUUGGCAGUGCCCCUUUUGAGGCACCAGCGUAUCGCCUUGUCAUGGAUGUUGCAAAAAGAAACUGCUACUCUGCAUUGUUCUGGUGGCAUUCUUGCAGAUGACCAGGGACUUGGCAAAACGGUAUCAAUGAUUGCUCUCAUACUAAUGGAAAAGUCUCCAUCUUUGAAGACAAGUUCUGAAAAAACGGUUGAUGUUAAACCUGAGCCGCUUGAUCUUGAUGAAGAUGAUGGAACUAUGGGACCUGGGGAACUGAAGCAAACUGGAAAUUCUGAGUGUAGCAUAGGUACCAAAUCUUUUGGAAGUGAAAGCACUACCUCAACAUGUAAGAGGAGGCCUGCAGCUGGAACACUGGUCGUAUGUCCAACUAGUGUCCUUCGGCAGUGGGCAGAAGAACUUCAAAAUAAAGUUUCUGCUAAGGCUAAGCUUUCAGUUCUUGUUUACCAUGGAAGCAAUAGAACAAGAGAUCCGGAUGAGCUUGCCAAGUAUGAUGUGGUGCUGACCACAUAUUCAAUUGUAAGCAUGGAAGUUCCAAAACAACCACUUGUUGAUCAAGAUGAUGAAAAAAGGAAUGAUGAAUCCGAAGGAUUGACUUCGGAUUCUUUUAGUGGCAAAAAAAGGAAACAUUACCAGAAUGAUAAGAAGAACAGUAAGAAGAACAAGAAAGUAGCUGAAAAUUCAGAGCCUUUUGCUCGUCCACUAGCAAGAGUUGGAUGGUUUAGGGUAAUUCUUGAUGAAGCUCAAAGCAUAAAAAAUCACAGAACUCAAGUUGCUCGAGCUUGUUGGGGUCUUCGAGCAAAAAGAAGAUGGUGCUUGUCAGGGACGCCUAUCCAGAAUGCAAUUGAUGAUCUGUAUAGUUAUUUUCGGUUCCUUAGAUACGACCCAUAUGCUGUCUACAAGUCCUUUUGCACUACAAUUAAGAACCCAAUUAGUAGGUCCCCAACUACUGGAUACAAGAAGCUACAAGCGGUAUUGCAAACAAUUAUGCUUCGUCGUACUAAAGGAACAAUUAUUGACGGUGAACCUAUUAUUAAACUGCCUCCAAAGUCCAUAUCACUAAAGAAGGUGGAUUUUUCAAUGGACGAACGAGACUUUUAUUCUAGGCUAGAGGCCGACUCUCGUGAACAAUUUAAGGUUUAUGCUGAUGCUGGGACAGUGAAACAAAAUUAUGUGAACAUUUUAUUAAUGCUUUUGCGACUUCGACAAGCUUGCGAUCAUCCUAAACUUGUGAAAGGAUUUGAUUCUGCUGCUGUGCAGCGGUUUUCUCUAGAAUCUGCGAAAAAACUUCCUAGAGAAAAGCAGGAAGAACUGCUGAACAAUUUGGAAGCUUGUUUGUCACUCUGUGGUAUCUGCAAUGACCCGCCCGAAGAUGCAGUUGUCACAAUUUGUUCUCAUGUUUUCUGCAAUCAAUGCAUUUGCGAGAGACUCUCUGGUGAUGAGAACAUAUGUCCUGCAGCUCACUGCAAAAAACAGAUUAAUAUCUCUUCAGUAUUCUCAAGAAAUACACUUAAAAUUUCCCUCGAUGAGAGUACUGAGCACAAUAUUUCUGCUAUAUCUGGUUGUGAACUUGUUAAGGCAGCUGAGAAGUCUACAGAUUUUCCAUCAAUUGAAUCAUCAAAAAUCAGAGCUGCCCUUGACAUUUUGCAGACAUUGCCAGAAGUGCCACAAGCAGACUCACGAAGCAUCUCUGUAGGUCAUACUUAUGAUUCUGUUACUGAAGGGUGUCAUUCAGAACAAAACUCGAAGCCUCUCAGGGUAACAGAGAAAGCUAUUGUCUUCUCUCAGUGGACUAGAAUGCUGGACUUGCUUGAAGUUCCCCUGAAGAAUUCGUCCAUAAAUUACAGAAGACUGGAUGGGACUAUGUCAGUCCUUGCAAGGGACAAGGCUGUAAAGGAUUUUAACUCCCUUCCUGAGGUAUCGGUUAUGAUUAUGUCAUUGAAAGCUGCAAGCCUUGGUCUUAAUAUGGUAGCUGCCUGCCAUGUUCUUCUUCUGGAUCUGUGGUGGAAUCCUACAACUGAAGAUCAGGCUAUUGACAGAGCACAUAGAAUUGGACAAACUCGUCCUGUUUCUGUUACUCGGCUGACGGUCAAGGACACAGUUGAGGACCGCAUAUUAGCGCUUCAGGAGAAGAAACGGGUGAUGGUUGCAGCCGCAUUUGGAGAAGAUGAAAGAGGUGGUCGACAGACUCGGCUAACUGAGGAUGAUUUGAAGUAUUUGUUUAUGAUUUGAAGAUUUAGAGCCAUUCUUUUCUGGUUCGUCGUACUUGUGGUUAACUUUCACAUGCAGUGACAUACGCCAGUCAAAGCAGUAGUGCAGUUUACCUUCUGAUAAGAUGCCACCAACAGUACUGCAUUGGUGGAUGAUUCAAUUGAUUUUGUUCGACUUCACAGUUUUGAGUUUGGUAACUGAUGUAAAGCUCCUACAGGUGACAACUAACAGUAAAUUUAGGCAAGUUAGGCAAAAUUAGCAUUCAUUAACUAGGAUUAUCUGUGGAUAGAGUUUGUAAAUCUGCACAGUUUUAACAAUGGAAAAAUCAGUGUCCAAAAUGGGAACUUUAAUAAAGUGUAUUGGGAAAUGGGAAUGGCAUUGCUUUGAAAAUUUGCAGUCU